CGAAGUGCACUGCCAUGGCGAGAGAGGAGUGCAAGACCCUGCUGGACGCGCUCAACAAGGCUACCGCCUGUUAUCACCACCUCGUGCUGACUAUCGGCGGCUCAGCGGACUCGCAGAACCUGCGUGAGGAGCUACAAAAUACGCGCCAGAAGGCGCAGGAACUGGCGGUGGCCAUCCGCGCCCGGCUGACGGCCGCGCUGCGCGACCAUGGUCUGGGCGCCGAAGAGCGCUCCGAGUUCGAGCGCCUCUGGGUGGCCUUCUCCGGCUGCCUAGACUUGCUGGAGGUGGACAUGCGGCGAGCGCUGGCGCUGGGUACGGCGUUCCCGCUGCACGCGUCGCGGCUGCCGCUCGUGCGCACGGGCGUGGCGGGCGUGGCGGCGCGCGCCUUAAGCUCCCGCAGCCUGCGGCACAAGGCCGACCGCGACUUCGAAGUGGCGGAUCUGCGCGAUCUGGAACGCGAGAUCCUCCAGGUGGGCGAGAUGAUCCACGACAUGGAGAUGAAGGUCAACGUUCCCCGUUGGACGGUGCAGGCCCGGGAAGAAGCGGGCGCGGAGCUCCUGGCCAGCACCGGCGCCUCCUCGGCCGGCGGCGUGUCGGUAGAGGAGCACACGGGGCCCUGCGAUCCGAGCAAAGCCCUGGCCGCCACCGUUUUCAGCGCUGUGCUGCUGGCGGCCGUGGCCUUGGUCGUGUGCGUGGCAAAGCUGAGCUGA